GCAGCCAUUUUCAUAACCUUUGACCCAUAUGCUUCCUUUUAAACUGCAUGCACAAGCAAUUCAAGACGACUUUGGGAGGAAUUAUUGCCGAAAAUAGCACGUUUAAAGGUGCUGCUGGAAGGCAUUUUCUCUCGGCGAACUUUCAACUGCUGCCAAGGACUUCUUCGCUGACAAAAGGCGUCAUCCUUGACCAAAGUUGUCACAAAGAAGGCAAUCCACAACCAGCACAGCAGCAACAGUGAACUUCAAUCUCCUGUGAGCUGUGUGUGCAGUGAUUGACAGCUGUCCACCAGUGAUUGACAGAUGUCUACAUGGCAGUACCCCCAGAUAGUAGGGGGAGUUGAGGUCCUGAGCUAGUGCAGGGAGGCCUCCAGUCUGGCACAGAAUUACCCAACUGUGAGGGCUGUCACGACCGUGCAAUCACUAAGUUGAGAGUCAUAUGACUCAGAACUUUAGUGAUAAAGUCUACACAUGUACUGCCUACAGUAAAGCUGACAACAGAUACAUUUUAUAGAAUAUAUAGUAUUGUCUCUGCCUUCUGAAAAAGGUUGAAGACACUGGUUCCUCCUGUCACAAGGUAGGAAGGGUGGGGCUGUGAGUGCCACCAUGGGAGAUGUGGAAAGAGAGCAGGAACAGGAAAGUGGGGAGGACAACAGGCCGGUUUCGAUAAUGUCAGAGUCGACCAGACCUAGGACUAGGAGCAUGACUAAUAACAGCAAUUCAGAACUGGAUAGUUCCUGCCAGAAAACUCAGCAAGAGAAGAGCGGCACAGGCCAGAAUGGGCUAUUCAGUACUAACCCAGGUCAGAAUGAUAAAGGCCAAACUGACCCAGGUCAGCAUGAGCAAGGCCAAACUGACACAGAUCAGCCUGAGCAAAGCCAAGCUGACCCUGGUCAGAAUGACCAAAGCCAAACUGAUGACCCAGGUCAGCACGAGCAAAGCCAAACUGACCCAGGUCAGCAUGAGCAAGGCCAAACUGACCCUGGUCAGAGUGACCAAAGUCAAACCCACUCAUCUCAGAAUGAUGAGGAUCAAACUGACCCAGGUGAUGAAAAUGCUCAGAGCAUCCCAGAAAUGAAGACAAUAGAGAUGUCUGGGCCUACCAGAGACCCCCAGAGCUUGGAGAGUUCCAGGGAGUGCCAGCUGGAAAAAGAUGAGGAGGGACACAUUCAGGAGGCGGUACACGGUGAUGCAUCGCAGGACACUCAGCCUGGUAUGGCUGCAAGUUCAGCUGUAAGUCAGGCUGAAUCUCCAACUGUUAAGGGUUGCAUUGCCCUUUCCUCUGCUGAAAACCCAGCCUCACCCAAACUGACUACAGUUUCAGAUCAAACUGGUCAGGAGUCAUGUCACAAUGAGCAAGGGCAAAUGGACCCAGGUCAGAGUGAAACAGAGCAAACUGACCCAGUUCAGAGUGAGCCAGGGCAAGCCGACCUAGUUCAGAGUGAGGAAGGCCAAACUGACGCAGUUCAGAGUGAGUAUGGUCAAACUUACCUAGUUCUGAGUGAUGAAGGCCAAACUGACCCAGUUCCGAUUGAGCAUGGGCAAACUGACCCAGGUCAGAUUGAGCAAGAUCAAACUGACCCAGUUGAGAGUGAGCAAGGUCAAACUUACCUAGUUCUGAGUGAGGAAGGCCAAACUGACCCAGUUCCGAUUGAGCAUGGGCAAACUGACCCAGGUCAGAUCGAGCAAGGUCCAACUGACCCAGUUCAAAGUGAACAAGGUCCAACUGACCCAGUUCAAAGUGAGCAAGGUCAAACUGACCCAGGUCAGAGUCAAAAUGCCCAAAGCAACGCAGUAAGAAAGCCUGUUGAAGACUGUGAGGGUUUAGAGAGUCCCAUGGCAGAAGAUGAGGGACAAAUCCAGGUUCAAGGUGAGGCAUCAAAGGACAGUCAGUCAGACAUGGCUGUAAGUCAGGCUGGAAUUGUUUCCUCCACUGCAAACCCAGGCACACCAGAACUAUCUGAAGAUGCAGGUCAAACCAGUCAGGAAGCACAGCCAUUCCUGCCUGGUUCGUCCUCACAGGGAACCGCCCAACAGCCUGCUCAGGUGCAGUCUCAACCCACUAGAGGCACUUUGAUACGAGAACAUUUCUGUAAAAAGCUGCUUGCAUUUGUGAGGAAAAACUACCCUGUAAAAACAAGGCAGAAUGUUGAAAAUCGGAUCAACUCCUUUGAAAUAGAGCUGGCAAGUGAUGCUGGGUUUGUCUGGAUGCACAAGGAUAACAACGACAAAAUGAUCCAUCAGCUGGUGGAGCAUUUGCACCUGCAUCCCACGUCUACCUGGAAACUCCGGCUCUUACGUAGGGUUGUGAUAAAUUCGUUGCCAAAGUGGAGUCCCAGCAUGAAGAUGCAAGUCAAUCGCCUGUGUAAACAACUCCUGAUGGGGGAAGGUGCUAAUGCUAGAGCCAACAUCUCGCAACUUAUGAAAGUCAUGACAGUCCGAUUACCCAGAGGUAAUAAGCAGAGACGUGGUAAGUCUCAAGUGGAGCAGAGUCAGACUGGGGGGCAAGAAAGAGACUUUCCAAUUUCACGCAAACUUUCCAAGAUACUUUCCAAGAUAGAGUGGAGACUAGCGCAAGGCCUUUUUAUAAAUCAGAAAGACCUGAAGAUGUAUGAGAAGUAUAGGGAGGAGCUGAGAAAACGGGAAGGAGAAAUUCAGCAGCAAAGGAGGGAGGGAAAAGAUGUGUCAUCUCAGGGCACUCAGCCAGCUCUAGCAGCAAGCUCAACCGUAAGUCAUGUGGCAAGUUCAACAGCAAGUCAGGAGGCAAAUUCAGCUGUACAGGCUGUGGGAAGUUCAGAUUCGUCCAGCAAAAACCCAGUCCUACCAAAACUUGCUACAGAUUCAAAUCAAACCAGUCAGGAACCACAACCAACCCUGCCUGGUCCGUCUUCACAAGACACCACUCAAGAACCUGCCAGGGCACAGAAAGGAACCACAGGAGGGACUUUAGUCUCAGAACCGUUUUGUAAGAUGUUGCUUGCGUCGGUGCAGCAGCACUUCACUGAAUGGAAAAAGGAGACUACUAAACAGUUCAUCAACAACUUUGAAGAAGAGCUGAAGGGAAAUGCUGAGUUUUUGUGGGGCCGCCAUGACAAGACGAUUGAGGAGCUGGCAGAGCGCCUGCAACUGCCUCCUGGAUCUGUCUGGAAACUGCAACUCUUACGGAAGCUAAAUCUUAGAGGCCUUGCCAAAUCAAAUCCCAGCCAAUUAGAGCGAAACAUGCAGAUGUUUCUGCAGAUCUUACGUGAGGAAUUUAACUCGGAAGUGGUGGACAUCUCUGAACUGAUGAAAGUCAUUUAUCUCCCAGUGUUAAAAAGCAUCAAACAGGAAAGUGAACAGUCAGACUUAACAAAACCAGACCGAGUUUCUGAUCAAACCAGUCAGCAGUCACAACCAGACCUGCCUGGUGUGUCCUCACAAGGAGCCACCCAACAACCUGCUGGGUCACAGGAAGAAGGCUGGAGAGGGUCUUUGAGCUUAAAUAAAUUUUCGCAGAACUUGAUAGCCUUGGUGGAACACAGAUACAGCAACGAAAAGGUCAAGAAGAAGGUUGAGCACAGAAUCAACAAAUUUGAAGAGGAGUUGCACACGGCAUGUGAGUGGAAAAGCGUGCAUAACAACGACGAGGAGAUUGUGAAGUUAGCAGCACGCUUGAAGCUACUUCCUGGGUCUGUCUGGAACUCCGGCUGUUACGGAGAGUGGUGAUGGGCUGUCUGCCCAAGAGAAGGGACAAUGAGAUCUUAA